CAAACAGCUUUGAUUCCGGUCUGAGUCUGCUUUUGCCUCCAGUGGAUCAUCAGGUGGCCGUUUCUAUUGUCCUGCAGUUUGAGCAAACUGAUCCCAGGGCAGCCGAGGAUCGGCUUUCAGCACCGCGGUCAGCUCCGAGUCCUGCCUCUUCCUCCUCAGGCCGCAGAGGACCAAUACAUCAACGCUGUUUUCCGUUUUCGCUCUCGGCGACCCCUCCCCCUCUUGUGCUUUUAUGAUAAAUCCCUCCUAUGUGCUAGUGACGGGCACAGUUGAAAGGCAGGGAAAUAACGCAGCCAAGCCGUUUCUGCGAUACUUUGAUUGUGCUUGAUCAGAUUUACUUGCCUGACCACAGUUUUCCCAUUGAGAAUCAACAGACCGAGCCGCUCACCGGGCAGGUUUUGCGUCUCCACAUCGGUUUGCGGUCGCACCUCCUCUGCGGCGGUCACAAACGGCGUCCAAUAGCUUUUUUUCCACUUUUACUUAAUUUACUUUUGCAGUAAGUAUAGUGUCCCUUCAAGCCUCUGCAACAUGUUGGACCCGUCUUCCAGCGAGGAGGAAGGAGACGAGAUUGUGGAAGUAGAGCGUAAAGAGAUUGCGGCCCCGAAGAGCCACGGAGGUGCCCGAUUCCCACCGGGCCGAGCCACCGAUGGACACAGCGGCGGAGGGCUUCAGCCCCGGGGCCGUGGGAGCGGUGGUGGCCGACCGUCCAGUCCCAGUCCGUCGGUGGGAAGCGACAAGGAAAAGGAGGACCUGGAGAAGAUGCAGAGAGAGGAGGAGGAGAGGAAAAAGAGACUGCAGCUGUAUGUGUUUGUGAUGCGCUGCAUCGCCUAUCCUUUCAACGCAAAGCAGCCUACUGACAUGGCCAGGAGGCAGCAGAAGAUCAGUAAGCAGCAACUCCAGACAGUCAAAGAACGUUUCCAGGCAUUCUUAAAUGGAGAUACACAGAUUGUGGCUGAUGAAGCCUUCAUCAACGCAGUCCAGAGCUAUUAUGAGGUCUUUCUUAAAAGUGAUCGCGUGUCCCGGAUGGUGCAGAGUGGUGGUUGCUCAGCCAGUGAUUCUCGGGAGGUUUUUAAGAAGCAUAUAGAGAAGCGUGUGCGCAGUCUGCCUGAGAUUGAUGGCCUGAGCAAAGAGACAGUGCUGAGCUCCUGGAUGGCCAAGUUUGACACCAUUUAUCGAGGUGAAGAGGACCCUCGGAAGCAACAGCAGAGAAUGACGGCCAGCGCCGCCUCGGAACUUAUCCUCAGCAAGGAUCAGCUCUAUGAGAUGUUUCAGCAGAUUCUGGGCAUCAAGAAGUUUGAGCACCAGCUGCUUUAUAAUGCCUGUCAGCUGGACAACCUGGAUGAGCAGGCAGCACAGAUCAGAAGAGAGCUGGAUGGACGACUGCAGAUGGCAGACCAGAUUGCUCGUCGUGGUGGAAGGUUUCCUAAGUUUUCCUCCAGAGAGAUGGAGGCAAUGUUCAUUGAGGAGCUAAGAUCCUCUGUAAACCUGCUGAUGGCCAACUUAGAGAGCAUGCCUGUAUCCAAGGGUGGAGAGUUCAAGCUGCAGAAACUGAAACGGGGCCACAACACAUCGAUCAUGGACAUGGGACAAGAGGACGAAAACACUUUGUCCAAGUCUGAUGUAGUGCUGUCCUUUACAUUGGAGGUUGUGAUCAUGGAAGUCCAAGGACUAAAGUCAUUGGCCUCAAACAGGAUUGUUUACUGUACUAUGGAGGUGGAGGGUGGACAUAAACUGCAGACAGACCAGGCUGAAGCAUCUAAACCCAUGUGGGGUACCCAGGGUGACUUUACCACCACCCAGCCUUUACCUGCUGUUAAAGUGAAGCUUUUCACCGAGAGCACAGGAGUGUUGGCUCUUGAAGAUAAGGAGUUGGGAAGGGUUGUUCUCCACCCAACUCCCAACAGCCCCAAGCAAUGUGAGCUUCAUAAAAUGGCUGUGGCUAAAGGCUGUGCAGACAGUGACCUCAGGAUCAAACUGGCUAUUCGUAUGGACAAACCACAGAACAUGAAGCACUGUGGGUAUCUUUGGGCUAUUGGCAAAAAUGUGUGGAAAAGAUGGAAGAAAAGAUUCUUUGUGCUGGUUCAGGUGAGUCAAUACACCUUCGCCAUGUGCAGCUACAGAGAGAAGAAGGCUGAACCUGUGGAGCUUCUCCAGCUGGAUGGUUACACUGUGGACUACACUGACCCCCAACCAGGUCUAGAUGGUGGUCGGACGUUUUUCAAUGCUGUGAAAGAGGGUGACACUGUGAUCUUUGCCAGUGAUGACGAGCAGGACCGGAUACUGUGGGUGCAGGCCAUGUACAGAGCCACUGGACAAUCCCACAAGCCAGUUCCUCCCACCCAGGUCCAAAAACUCAACUCAAGGGGAGGCGCAGCGCCACAGCUGGAUGCACCCAUAUCUCAGUUCUAUGCUGAUCGUGCACAGAAACAUGGCAUGGAUGAGUUCAUAUCAGCCAACCCCUGUAACUUUGAUCAUGCCUCCCUCUUUGAGCUGGUGCAGCGCCUCACUCUGGACCACAGACUAAAUGACUCCUACUCCUGCCUGGGCUGGUUCAGUCCUGGUCAAGUGUUCGUCUUGGAUGAAUACUGUGCUCGAUACGGUGUUCGAGGUUGCCAUCGGCACUUAUGUUACCUCUGCGAUCUGCUUGAGAGGGCCGAGAAUGGAGCCAUGAUUGACCCAACCCUGCUACACUACAGCUUUGCCUUCUGUGCCUCCCAUGUACAUGGAAACAGUCAACGAGUGUCCGAGUUGAUAAACUGGCCAGUCACUGAGGCCGAACUCAGACAGGCCCUUUACCCCACCGUCCUUGAGCUUCCUACUCAGACUGUUAGGAGAGAACUAAAAAUCAUUGAUUUCAUGAAGAAAAUGGACUUCAGGUCCACAAAUUCUAUAGGAACUAGAAGGCCUGAUGGCAUUGGUACAGUAACUGUGGAAGAGAAGGAGCGUUUUGAGGAGAUCAAGGAGCGGCUGCGAGUGCUUCUGGAAAACCAGAUUACACACUUCAGAUACUGCUUUCCAUUUGGACGCCCAGAAGGAGCACUUAAAGCAACUCUGUCCUUACUUGAAAGGGUUCUGAUGAAAGAUAUUGUUACCCCAGUUCCACAAGAAGAGGUAAGGGCAGUGAUCCGUAAAUGUCUGGAGCAAGCGGCUGUGGUCAACUACCAACGACUGUCAGAGUACGCCAAGCUGGAAGGGAAAAAGAGAGAGAUGUAUGAGCACCCUGUCUUCUGCUUGGCGUCUCAAGUGAUGGAUUUAACCAUUCUGGAGAAAUCUCAGAAAGAUCUCAAGGACCCAGAGAAUGUAGGACGGUUAAUCACUCCUGCCAAAAAACUGGAGGACACCAUUCGACUGGCUGAGUUGGUGAUUGAGGUCCUGCAGCAGAAUGAAGAGCACCAUGCUGAGGCCUUUGCAUGGUGGUCAGACCUGAUGGUGGAGCAUGCUGAGACUUUCCUCUGUUUGUACUCGGUUGACAUGGAUUCAGCUCUAGAAGUUCAGCCACCCGACAGCUGGGACAGUUUCCCCCUCUUCCAAUUGCUCAACGACUUCCUGAGGAUCGACUAUAACCUGUGCAAUGGAAAAUUCCACAAACACCUGCAGGACCUGUAUGCUCCCCUUGUGGUCCGAUACGUGGACCUGAUGGAGUCUUCGAUUGCUCAGUCCAUUCACAGAGGCUUUGAAAGGGAAUCCUGGGAGCCAGUCAAGAGUUUAACAAACUCUCUUCCCAGUGUCAGCCUCCAAAUGCCCAAAGUACCAAAUCUAACAGUGCCAAGUGUUAACCUUCCACAAAUGCCCAGCUGGAUGACUUCUAACGAUGAAUCAGAGUCAGAUAAUGGCUCAGGAACAUCAGAGGAUCUGUUCUGGAAGCUGGAUGCUUUGCAGACUUUCAUCAGAGAUCUUCACUGGCCUGAGGAGGAGUUUGGCAAACACUUGGAGACUCGAUUAAAACUGAUGUCAAGUGACAUGAUUGAGUCAUGUAUAAAACGGACACGGGCUGCAUUUGAGGCUAAGCUUCAGAAGAGCAGCCGGGGCACAGACUUUCGUGUGCCACAGUCCAUCUGCACUAUGUUCAACGUCAUGGUGGAUGCCAAGGCACAGUCAGCCAAGCUGUGUGCCAUGGACCUGGGACAGGAGUUUGUUAAAGACUGGAGACAAUACCAUUCCCAGAUUGACAAUUUAAUUGAGGAGACGGUAAAGGAGAUGGUGACUCUGCUUGUAGCAAAGUUUGUUGUUAUUCUAGAGAGUGUGUUAGCUAAGAUCUCCAGAUACGACGAGGGAACACUCUUCUCCUCCUUUCUAUCUUUCACAAUGAAAGCUGCCUCGAAGUAUGUGGAUGUACCUAAGCCAGGGAUGGAUGUUGCUGAUGGAUAUGUGACAUUUGUCCGUCAUUCCCAGGACAUGCUGCGCGAGAAGGUGAACGAGGAGGUGUAUAUAGAGAGAUUAUUUGAUCAAUGGUACAGCAGUACUAUGAACCUCAUAGGAACGUGGCUCACUGACCGUAUGGACCUCCAGCUUCACAUUUAUCAGCUCAAAAUUCUCAUCAGGAUUGUCAAGAAAAAAUACCGUGACUUCCGCCUUCAAGGGGUGCUGGACUCUACGCUGAACAGUAAGAUGUAUGACACUGUAAGAAAUCGUCUGACAUUGGAAGAAGCCACUGCUUCAGUGAGAGAAGGUGGGAUGCAGGGGAUUUCUAUGAGGAACAGUGAUGAAGAGGACAAUGAUAACUAGAUGAAUUGACCUGAAAACAAAAACAAUGCUACCUGAAUCCAUGCAACCUUUGUUCACUUUGUCAGCUUUUCAUUCCCAUUCUACUGUAUGUUUCUUUCACAGUACAAGAACAAAAUUAUGUUUGUGUCUUUAUUGCUGUUCUAUCAAUGCAAUUAGAGCUUUAAACUCAAAAGUAAAAUAUUUAUCAGCACUAAUGCUUAGUAAAAUCAAAUUAAAUCAAGCACUGAUUGACAAAGUAGGGUUCCAAGAGCAGCAAGCACAAAUGUGACAGGAAUGUCAACCAGCAAAGUAGCCUAAUGAAUGAAAAAGGCAGGUGACUGCAUUUAUAUAGCGUUGGUCUUUGGCAUGAAAUGUGAUUUACUUUUAUGUUAUGCAAUGUGAAAUGUCUACGUUCUUUGUAAAGCAUCUUUGCAUUUCUUUCCUGCUAAAUAAUUGUCCUUGGUAUUUUAAAAACAACAUACAGAGUUGUUUCUGAAACACUUAGUGAUUCAGGCCACUGCACUGUGUUUCCAAGUCAAUAUGUUUAUUCUUAAAAAAAUGCCAAAAGAUGCCUAAUCAUGUUAUCACUGCAGAUGUUGUGUUGUAACUCAUUCAGUGGCACAAAUUGAUGGUUCAGACUGACUAGUCAUAAUUAACUUAAAGUAGUUCAAACUAAUUCUAAAACCUUUUAGAUCUUUCUAAAACAUACACAUGCAAUAUGGUUCACCACAUUUGUGGACGUAAUACUUUAGUAUUUAACUUAGUAUGUCUUUGCAUUAUGCUGUUUGCAAAGAUUUAAAAAAAUGCCAUGACUGCAGCUCUUCCAUUGCUGUAGAAAUAAGUGCAAGAUUUCAAUACAAUAAAAUCCUUUUAGCUGUAAAAGAAAAUGAUAGUUUACAUCUGUUCUCAGGCUGUAUUAUAAAUAUGUCUGAUGUGUCUCUAGAACAGUCAAAAGAAAGUAAUAAAGCAUUAAAAAAUUCAAUACAACAUUGAAAAUAAUUAUGACUGAUGAAGAAAUGUAGCAGUUAUUGUAACAUGUUAUCCAUUACUCACACACAUUACUAAGUCUCAAAUGAUUAUGUCAAAACAAUUUUGGAGUCCAAAGUCACCUAGUUUGCCAUCUUGCCUGGUAAUUGCAGUGCUGAAUUUAGUAUUUAACCAAACCAAUAUAAACCAAAAUAUUCAUCUAACUUAAAAAAAUCCAAAAGAUUCUGAAAAUUUUCAGACAUGGUUCAAGAAAGUUAUAGCUAACUGUAUCAGAGCGGGUUUUGGACUUUUGAUCAUGAAUUCCUUUAAUGAUAAAGCUGUACCAGAGCAAAGAGGAAGCAAAAAACUCUUUUACUAAUUAUUUGGAAUACAUCUUUAUUAUUGACCAUGCUUAAUAUCUCGCCAUUCUUUCACUCUGACCCACAGGAACAUAUUUGGUCUAUAGAAAGAAUGUUUCUUUCAUAGCAGUAAAUCACAAAGGAUUGAGCAAAUUUGAUUUGUACCCUUCAUGUUCUUCAUAGUAAUUUUAAAUAAAUUAUAUAGGAGUGUAACUUUUUAAAUUUGACCAUUGAAGUUCUUUUAAAACGUAGGUGCUUUAAUCAGCUUUACAGGUUUACUCAUAAGGAAAAACAACACCCAGUUGGUUUUUAGAUAUUUGAAAACAUCUGUGCCCCAUACAGGAUGAGGCAGAGUACUGUCCUGCCUCACGACAGUUUUUCUCUGCCAGUUUUAACAUAAUCAAAGAAAGUAAUUAUGUCACAUAGACAUUCAUGAUGUCAGAUUUAUAGAUGGCAAACAAAUAUUUCAUGGUAAAUAGUGCCUCUAACCGUUCUUUAACUUGUCAGUGGAACUGUGUAUGUGUAAAACAUGCAGUACUCAUUUUUACAUGGCUGUUUCAUAAAACAACUAAAGCAAACAUUUUGGGGAAUCUCUCUUUUUUUAAUGUAUCCAGACACUGGUAGAAAGCAUCUAUCUUGGCUGUAAAUGGUUAUUAUACUAUAUAACUAUCAACAUCUUAACAGCAGCACAUGGACCUGGAAUUGUUCAAUCAAGAUAUAACUUGUGAAAAGACACCUCCGGUUGCAAUGACAAUAUUACAAAUAGUCUGUGUCUUUAAUACUCAAAAUGUAGCCUACUAAUGUAGCGUACGUAUUUAUUUGGACAUGAACACAGUUUUCAUGAUUUUGACUCUGUACCACCACAGCACAUUCUAUCCUGACACUCUGUCAGGUCAUGGUUUUUGAGGAGUUUGCCUUCACUUUGGUUUUGACAGGUGCAAUGUAGACCAGCUUUUUCUGGGUUGCUUUCACGUUUUUUAGCAUUUAGCUUAUUAUAAGCACAUCAUAGAUAGAACUACAGAAUGCUUCUAGUUUAUCAGUUUCCCACAUCAAAAACAACCACAAAUUAAUCAGUUAUUUUGGCAACCAUACAGCCCAUGUUAUAAGACUACCUCAACCAUAUUUUUAACUCAUCAUGUAAUAUGUUUAAGACUAUGAACAAUUCCUCUUUCUAUCCAAAAUUCCAUCUUCCCUUUUGUGAUCUUAAAUUGAGAUUUAUUUACUGAAUGCUCCAGAAGCAUAAAAGCUGAUUUGUUUUUUGUCAAACGUUUUUGGUCUUCCAGUGCUUUCUACAAUGGACCCCUCUGUAUGUACUUUGUUGCCCUUCCCUUGAAAAAGUCUUCUCUUCACUGAUGGGUUUCCUUUUCUAGAUCUAGUCCAUGUCUUAAAUAGAUCUCUGAAGAUGAAAAAAAAUCCUGUCAUUCACCACAGUUGUUUUCCAUUGUCUUCCACAUUUGUCUUGUUUCUGAACUCAUCUGUACUUUAUAGUUUUACAUCAAAGUUUACGGUACAGAGACAAAACAACGAAAAUUGUAUUACUGUCCAAAACAAUAUAUAAAAAUUUGACUAUAGAUCAGUUGACAUCAGCAGAGCAAAAUCAAAGCAUCCUAAUUCAAAAAAUAUUAAUAAAAUUAUAAAGUAUGCUGAUAACAUACAAAUAAUUAGCAAAAUUAUGAAAAAUAAGAAGCUAGUUAGCUAGACAUGGAGUUCAAACUAUUUUCUAAACCUGUAAUCAUUACCAUAUAUAAGAGCAUAUGGGCGAGAUAUUAAAAUUAUGUACAAAAAAACGUGUUUUAUGGUGGUUUGUGUUAUGUGCAGUGUUUUUGGAUUAAAGAGGGUGUGAGAUUUGACAGUUUUAUAAUAUCUUUUACAGCUUAAAUUGUGGUGUUAAACUAUGUGUUUUAUUUUAUUUAAUUCUACAGUAAAAUGUCUUUAAUUAGAGCUUUAAGGCUUACAUUUAUGACAAAUUCUCAACAGAUGAAGCAGUAACGACAAUAUUUUUCAUAUAUUCAGUCAAACUCACUUUAUUUUACUAAAAAGACAGGAAGUUAUGUAGUAGAUAUACUGUAUUUUCGAUUUUUUUUCAAACAAAAAUUUGAUUUAAGUUUAGCUUUUAUUUAAACAAUGUAAUUUAACUGUCUAUGUUUUCCCUUCUGCCCAGUGUUUGAUUUCAGGAUGUAUGAUAGGGCUAAUCCAUAUUUUUAUAACAGAUACAGUAGUAGGAAGUUUGACAUUACCUCUGUCAACUGCAUUCUAUAUUGUAUUUCUAGAGCCGUGUUGUCCUGUAUGCAAAUGGUGCAUGUCCCUGUUAUUCAUUUCAAAAUGUUUGUGUUUCUCAGUGGGCUCAGCACGCUCCUGCUUCUAGAGGAACCCACUAACAUCAACAGCUUAGGUUAAAUAAAGAUGAAUGGCAAGUCGGGAAAGA